AUGGCCCUCAUAUCCUCGAGCAUCCGGGCGCCCUACAGCAGCACGCGCGCGGCGCGCACGCGCCCAGUCGCGCGGCUGGCCGGGCCUGUUGCGCUGUCCCCUCGCGGCCGCGCGCUCAGCACGGGCGUCGUGGCAGCUGCAAAGACAGCGGCGCCGGUCAAAGUCAUCAUACAGGGGCGGCGGCUGGAGGUGACCCCAGCCAUCAAAACGUAUGUGGAAGAGAAGAUCAGCCGUGCGGUCCACAACUACUCAGCUGGCAUUAAGCACAUUGAUGUCACUCUCUCUGCCCGCGGCGGCGACACCGGCACGCACGGCGCCAGGCAGCAGAAAGUGGAUGUGACCAUCUACACAGUGCGCGCGGGCGUGGUGCGGGUGGAAGACGCGGAGGCGUCCCUCUACGCGUCGAUCGACACGGUGGCCGACAAGGUGGCGCGGAAGCUGACGCGGAUGAAGGAGCUGGCCAUUAAGAAGGGCACGUGGCCGGGGCGGGCGGGGCCGCGGGAGAACAGCGAAGACCAGGAGUUCCGGGAGUGGAUGGACACCGUCAUCGUGGAGACCAAGGCCUUUGACGAGGACCAGGCGCGGGCGGCUGAGCUGGCGCACCUGGGCGCUGCCGCCUCCCCCAGCGGCAUCCCAGACACGAUCCUGCGCAGCAAGGUGCUGCGCGUGGACCGCAUGCCCGUGGACGACGCCAUCGAUGCAAUGGAGGCAGUGGGCCACGCGUUCUUUUUGUUCCGCGAUUCAGAGGCGAGUGCGAGGCCGGGCCGCUCCGAGGCCGGGCCGCGCGUGCUCCCCCAUGAGCGCGCCGCCGCGCUCGCGUCCGCCGCACCCAGCCGGCGCAACAACCUGCCUAUGGUGCCGCUGACGACCGCCUCUAAGACUUCCGAUGAUUUCGAAUCUCAAAUCUCGCAGUCUGGCGAAGUCAACGUGGUCUACAAGCGGUCCGCCGGCGGCUACGGCGUUCUUAUCCCCGAGGCCAAGUGA